GAUCCUGGGAGGACCACGCAAAAAAUCCGCUAAGUCUUUGUAUCCGGUGAUUAAAUAAGCCAGCUAGCAACCUCCCAUCGUUGCUUCGUCCACACACGUGAAUCCAUAAUUCAUGGCGGACGGACCUCUCUACCGCGAUCCAUGGGCUCGUCGCGAAGCUUGGCGCAAGCUCCCCAUUUUCUCAAACACUGCCCGCAUCAGAAACCUCUUCCCGGGGUUCGGGAUUGCACUUGUUGCAUUCGGCACUUAUCUCGUCGCUGAUCAAUUUAUGUUGAAAUCAUCAUCACAUGAACACAAAUCUUCCCAUCAUUAGAUUUUCUACUUCCUGGAGUGCAUGAAGGAAUGUACAUAUUUACAUGAGGUAAGAAUUCAACUAUGCUUCCUUACUACCUUCAUCAUUUACUACUUCUUCAUCCCCACGUAAUCCCGACACUUUCACGAAGUUUUCCAUCAUAUA